GUUGUAGAGUUUCCAACCGUGAGUAACCAAAUUCUGUCUUUCAAAAAAUUAGCAGCAACAUGGGAUCGGUGAGUGAGACUGUUUGCGUGACCGGCGCGUCGGGUUACAUCGGAUCAUGGCUCGUCAUGCGGCUCCUAGAGCGCGGUUACACGGUCCGAGCCACCGUGCGCGACCCUGCGAACUUGAAGAAGGUAAAGCAUUUGUUAGAGUUGCCUAAGGCGAAGAGUAACCUGACACUGUGGAAGGCCGACCUCGCUGAAGAGGGAAGCUUCAAUGAAGCCAUUAAGGGGUGCAACGGAGUAUUCCAUGUGGCCACCCCCAUGGAUUUUGAGUCCAAAGACCCUGAGGUAUAUCAUAUAUACAUCCUUUUUCAAUUAUACGUAUAAUUAUAUAUACACACA